CGCAGCCCGCCGCCCGCCCGCGCUGCCCGCAGCGUCCAGCCCCGCCGAGCCCGCAGCAUGUCCUCGACGGAGAGCCCGGGUCGCACGGCCGACAAGUCGCCGCGCCAGCAGGUGGACCGCCUGCUCGUGGGGCUGCGCUGGCGGCGGCUGGAGGAGCCCCUGGGCUUCAUCAAAGUUCUCCAGUGGCUCUUUGCUAUUUUCGCCUUCGGGUCCUGCGGCUCCUACAGCGGGGAGACAGGAGCACUGGUUCGUUGCAACAACGAUGCCAAGGAUGUGAGCGCCAUCAUUGUUUCAUUCGGCUAUCCCUUCAGGUUGAACCGGGUCCAGUAUGAGAUGCCCUACUGUGAGGAUGACACCUAUAAGACCAUGCAUCUCUUGGGGGACUUCUCUGCCCCCGCCGAGUUCUUUGUGACACUGGGCAUCUUUUCCUUCUUCUAUGCCAUGGCUGCACUUGUCCUCUACCUGCGUUUCCAUGUACUCUACACAGAGAACCGGCGCUUUCCGUUGGUGGACUUCUGUGUGACAGUCUCCUUCACCUUCUUCUGGCUGGUAGCUGCAGCCGCUUGGGGCAAGGGCCUGACGGAUGUCAAGGGUGCCACGAGGCCCUCCAGCCUGAUCACAGCCAUGUCCGUGUGCCACGGAGACAACGCGGUGUGCAGUGCCGGGGCCACGCCCUCCAUGGGACUGGCCAACCUCUCUGUGCUCUUUGGCUUCAUCAACUUCUUCCUGUGGGCCGGGAACUGUUGGUUUGUGUUCAAGGAGACCCCAUGGCACGGGCAGGGCCAGGACCAGGCCCAGAGCCCCAACCAGGAGAGCGCCGCAGAGCAGGGUGCAGUGGAGAAGCAGUAAGCGGGCACCCCCGGCUUCCCCCGACCUGGACAGCACCUCUUCAGUCACCUCCAGCUCCCAGGACAGCCCUCUCCCUCCUCCAGGGCCCUCCCCCAGUGUUCUGGACUUUGAGUUUUAGAGGCGUCAGCUGUUGGAAACCUGGGCAGCCCUUCCGGUGGCCCUCGGUGGAACCCUGAUGACAAGAGCCCCAUGAUUCUUGUCUAAAAUCAGGCGUCUCACUUACGGUCUUACUCGGACCUUCCUUCCAGCCUGAGCACCACGGCAGCAGGUGAGGGCUGGGGACAGGAGAACACUGUCCUGACACUGGUUCCCAACAGUCCUUCCAGCAAUUUGUCCAGCUUCAAUAAAAGAGGGGAUUGGGGAAACUGGCCGGCAGCUCUCUCCCUGGUUUCUUACAUAGAGGGCACUCCGGUGGUUAGCAGCCUCUCUUGAAUGGCUGUCGUUCAGGCCUGUACCUGUACUGACCUCCAGCCGGCCAGCUCAGAAUGCUUCCCCCACUCUCCUCUGACCACUACCUGUC